AUAACUGAUUUCGGAGUAUCUGAGUGGUUCACCGAUAUCGAACAGGACAAGAAGCUGAGCAAGACGGCGGGAAGUCCUGCGUUUAUGGCGCCAGAAGCGGUAAUAUCGGAUCCUAGCAGGCCAGUGGAAUAUGCCGGAAAGCCUGCUGAUGUCUGGGCAAUGGGGGUCACACUCUACUGCUUUCUUUUCGGACAGUUGCCGUUCAAGUCGUCUAACAUCAUUGAGCUGUAUGAAUUCAUCCGGACAGCAGAGGUUGCAUUCCCUGAAGAUGUUCCCGUAUCUGACGAGCUGCGAGACUUCAUCCUGCAACUCCUGGAGAAGGACCCGGAGAAACGACUCACUAUCGAUGGCAUGCGGGCGCAUCCGUGGAUAGCGGAAAACGAGGAGCUACCAUCACCGGAGGUGAACUGCAAACCACCGGAGGAUGUCACUGAAGAGGAAGUUGCGCAGGCGUUCAGCAACCUAACCAUAUCCGAGCUAUGCACGGUUCUUCAAAACAUUCGGACAAAGGCAUACCCCCGACUCUCCAUAUCUCGCAUGAACCGCUCCAAGAGCCUGGACCAGUCGUGCAGCGUGGGUGACGGUACAUCGACAGACAGCCUGUCGCACUCGAUCUCCUGCAGCCUGGGUGCACCCUCGUCUCCGCUGGAGGGCCUCUCCGUGGACUUCUCCCCCGGACGGCAGCUGGUCAACGUGUCUCAGGUGGUUCGCGACGGCAUAGACGGGGACAGCACGGCGACGAGCUACUCGGUGGCCAGGGAUCAGAUUGAUUUUGCUCACCUGACCCCGCAGCAGAACAGCAUCAUCGAGCGGCUAGCCUCGCCGGAUCUGCGCCGACCGACCGGCCGCUCCCGCUCGCCGAGCCCCAUGCCGGUGCGGCGUGUAAGGGACAUGACGCCCGAGAUUACCGUGGACUCUCCGCCGCCGUCGCCGCGCCUGAUCUCCCCGCCCAGCGUACCCUCAUGAGGCGGUACGCUCGCGCGCACGCGUACGCACGUGUGAGCCACGCCGAACGAGCCCAUCGCGCAAUGACUUAAUUUUGACAGUAAGCACCCGCACACAGCCACCUGGGUGCGGUUGUGUGGGGUGUUGAACAGUGCAUUGCUGAUGCCAGGUUACUCACAUGCAUUACCGAUACCUUCCAUAUUUGGCAAUGCACAAUGGGCUUAUAGCAUCCAACUAGACUCGGCAGGAC